AUGAGCGAAUCACGCAAUAUAGAAGAUCUUUUACAGACGGGCUUCUUUACAACCUCUAGGGCUAAACCUCCCAAGCAACCUAGUACGGAUGCUCCGGCUGUUCCUCCUCAUGUCUCCAGCAUCUCUAACAUUACCCGACCGACCUCCAGCCAGGAUCCGCUGGUACCAAGGUCCUUCGACCCGCCACUAAGGCUCACCCGUCGCAAACACUUUCCGCCCCCGCCAACCGUCGAAGAUGAGUCCGAAGCACUCCGAAAAGAGCACGGCAGCGCUGCAUCGCUCAUCAGCGACGCCGAGCCUCCAUCGCGCGGUGACGCCGAUCAAUACCCUAUCAUAAUGGAGGUACACGAACACAAUCCCGAACGUCGAUUCGUCCUGGUGCCAAAGUCCGCGAGCGCUACAGAGGAUGAAGAUUCCUCUGACGACGCCAAGGCACGCGCUGCCGAAGGUUCGCGUCCUGCAAAACCUGAAGGUCAGGGCGACUACGGCGCAAAUUACGAAGCGAACACUGGCCGGAAAUACCGGGCGCCUCCCAAUGAGGAUCUGAACCACCAGAAGCCACCAGAUCUUGAAAGGAAGAAGAGCAGACAAGAUCUUCCGCGUAUCGAGACUGAUGUCAAAGACGAGCAAACCCGGCCUCGAAAACCCGAACGAAAAAAGUCUGCGACUCGUGUGGAACAGCAGUCUGGCGAUUACUUCUCACCACAAGACGACAAGAGACAGCCCAAGGAGCCACUUCUCUCACCACAGGUGAUCAAGCACGCGACAGGUGGUCGCGAAAAAGCGUAUUACGACUACUCGCAAUCUAGUCGGAAUGGUGCACCGCGGCCCCAGAGAAGCCGUUCGAACCUGGCCGAUGAUGGCAGAAGGUUCGACGACAACUAUGCACGUCAAAACUCAUCAUCGAACGCGCCGCCGACACGCCGCUCAAACACUAACGUUGAUUCUCCUCCCAAGGAGUCGAGAAUUGCAUCCGGCGACAGGGUCGGCGAAUCUCCUCGCUAUCAGCGAGAACGGGUGGUCCCACGUGGCGAACGGCCACAAAAGAAGGAUCCGUCUCCGCCGUAUGAACGUUUAGACCGUGAGCGGGAAGGUGGUCCGAAGCGGACAUCCGAUUUCAAACGUGACACUCCACGACGUAGGGAUGAUAGUGGCUCCAGCAGCAGCGAUUACACGCAAACACCACGGACAGCCAAUAUCCGACGGAGAAAGUCGAUCGUUGAUCAAGAAGACAAGGACAUAUUGCUGAGUCCUGCCCAACUCAGGCCGUCCCAAUCGGCUAGGUCGAGAUCGCGGCCUCCCCCGCCAGAAGCUGUGAUGCCGUCUCCACGAGUUUCCACAAAGUCAUUCGCUGACGACAUUCCGCCUCCCCCUCCGCCUCGUUCUUCGCAAACAUUCCCGGUCACAAGAGAAACCAGGGACAGCGGAGACGCCAAAGAGAAAUCCGUGCCUUACCCUGAAGACGACAUGUUACCCAGAGUAAGCCGCCUCAGCGUCCGCGAUCCAGAGCCGCGUCCUGGGAGAGCGCGUUCACGGUCUCGUGCAUCCACCUUCAACAAUCCAGUGAUAGUUCCAGCGGUCAUGCCUGCCAUGCCUGCUCCUGCUGGACCACGGAGCCCUACAGAAAAGAGAAGGUCGCCUGAGAGAAGGGCCAAUUUGAGUCAAACAAUCCCGCCAAUGGAGUCGUGGCCACCGGCCAAGUUUGAUCCGACGAAGAGUGCGCCGGUCGUGGAUGGGCCGAGAGGUAGCUACCGACGGUAUUCGCAUGAUGCAGACCGAGGGGGCGUGUCUGAUUUCCCCGACUGCCCUCGAAAGAAGGGCAUUGUAGGCAAGGCCGAUUGGCUAAGUCUGCCAAGGUGUGACAACUUCAACAUUUGUCCCGACUGCUACAAUGGGGUAUUCCUCAACACCGAGUUUCGCAACGACUUUAUGCCCAUGUUGUUUCGACCGAUGGACAAGCCAGUUGUUUGCGAUUUCGGGUCCAUUGGAUGGUAUCACAUUGCGUGGCUGUUGACGUUGAAGAAUCGCCUGACGGAUUUGCGCCUAUUUUACCAGGUUGCCAACGUCACCAGCAAGGCGACAAGUAGCAUUCAACCAUGUUCGGGAGAUCGUCGAAAUACCCGCGUCUGGUACUCGAUCAAGAAUCCGUACACACAAACGACGAUGCCAGAAUUCACCGUCUGCUACGAAUGCGCCAAAACCAUCGAAGCGCUCCUGCCAAACCUGAUAGGCCUGUUCGUCACGCUCCAUCCCACGGCGCAGCCUACGAGAAGCGUAUGCUCCAUACAUUUUAACCCCGAUCGAAAACGUUUCGUGAUGUACUUCGAUGCUCUGGAGACGACUUCGGAUCUCGCACUCGCAACAACCCAAGCGCCCAAUAUUGGAAAGCUUGUGACCGACAUUGAAAACCUUUCCGUGUUUGCAGAGUGCUCCAAGGACAACCCAGUCUAUGAUCAAAACUGGCACGCCAUGCAGUUUCUUCCCCAGUUCACCGUCUGCGGUGACUGUUUUGACGAGGUGGUCGCUCCUCAAUUGAAAGACGGCAACGUCAUUGCGAGGAAUUUUUAUGUGAAGCCACAACGCCUAGAAGAGGCGUCGUGUCAGCUGUAUUCUAUCAGAAUGAGGGCCGCUUUCGACAAGGCCUGCCGCCGUAAUGACCCCAAAUACCUCGAGACCAAGGUGCUCGAGCGGCAGAAGAUUUUUGCGGAGACGUACAAGAGGAUGGCCAAACUAGAGCAGGAGAGAACCCAGUGGGCGCGGGAGGAGAGCAAGAAGCUGCUCCAGGAAUGGGAAAAAUGGGAAUGA